UCAAUCGUCCUUGCCCAUACUCCAUCCUUUUUUAACAUAUGAACGUAUCUGCCUCAUCCAUUUCCACUGCCUAGUGUCUACACUGUUAUUCAUUCAUUUUAUCCAGCUACAACGAUUCACCUUAUUAUCUCACCUCCUUUUACGCACAUCGGAAUCGCACAACCCCAUCCAGCCUGCCGUCGUAACCGUCUCGCAUUCAGUGUACACAGAACUGCCCUUUGCAAAGACAUCACGUUAUUCGUACAUCCAUAAUUCUUAAUAACUUGGCAAAAUAAUACCGCGACCAUGGCCAGCAUGAACACAGAAAUCGCUUCAGACAUGGACAUGGAUUUCAACCUCUCAGCUCUCAUAAUCGCAUCUGGCAUACCUCUCACAACGAUUCCUGAACUUCCAGGUGACGAAAACGAGUUCUCAGACGUAGAACUCAUCCCAAAAGAAGAAGAACGGAUGCGCGCCAUGCUGUUCGAUGAUAUCUUCAUCCCAGGCCCUGACAGUACCUCAGAGUCCAGGCCCAAUAAACCCCACCAGCGUUUAUCUAUCAACAUGUCCUCCCUCUCUCCUUUUUCUCACUCUGCCUGUUCACCCAUGUUCUCGUCGUCCUCACCGCCUUCUGCGACGUAUUCGUCCUGUUCAUCGGCAGUUUCGUCACCUGGAAGCGCGUUCUCGCCAAUACUGAAUUCGUUCCAGUGGACGAGCGAUCUGCGGCAGUUUAUCUUGACGGAUAUUGGACCACAACCUUGUAAUAGUCAGGUCCUGGGACUCAGAAAUCAUGGGGGACCUGUGCGACGGAAGUCGUAUUCCAAAAUCGGUGGACCCGGAUUUGUGGCACCGACUCAGACCUCGGGGAUGUAUAGCAGAUCGAGGAACGGAAGCAUAGUGGACCUUAGAGCUAUUGCGCAGGAUACAUGGGAGGUGGACGAGAGUACAAGAACAAACCAUACAAAAUUUUUAAACCUGUAAUAAAAUGGCUGAUGCUCU